GUGUGCGUGCGUGCGUGCGUGUGUGCGUGUGUGUGUGUCUCCGUCUGCUCUGGCUCUCUCUGUGCGCUGUGCCUCCCUGCCCCUACCCUGCUGCUGUGGUGUGUGUUCAAUGGUUCGUGGUGUGGCAUGUGAUGGUUGACAUGACUCGGACCGGUGAUGGCAACGGAUGGUUGAUGGGCGAUGGCUAUUUGGCAACACAAAAAUAAUGGACGGACGGACUGUAUGGCGUGGGUGUUGUGUUGUUGGUGGCGACAAUGGCACGAUCUGGUGGCUGAUGACGGACAUGGGAUUUUUACAGCCGCAAAUGGGCUCUACGAGGGCGGUGCUGCAGGUGUUCGAGUCGUACCAGAAGGCUCGGGUCUCGUUUGUGCAGACGGUGGCCGAGCUGGCGACGCGGCCGCAGAACAUCGAGGCGCUCCAGAAUGCUGGGGUCAUGUCGCUGCUCCGGCCGCUGCUGCUGGACAACGUGCCGUCUAUCCAGCAGUCUGCAGCGCUUGCGCUCGGACGGCUGGCUAACUACAACGAGGAGCUGGCGGAGGCUGUUGUUGCCGGCGACAUCUUGCCGCAGCUAGUGUACUCGCUCGGUGAACAGAAUCGAUUCUACAAGAAAGCGGCGGCGUUUGUCAUCCGGGCGGUGGCGAAGCACUCUCCACAGCUUGCGCAGGCGGUGGUCGACUCGCGGGCGCUGGAGGAGCUGGUCAUUUGUCUGGAGGAGUUUGACCCUGGAGUCAAGGAGGCGGCGGCGUGGGCGCUCGGGUAUGUGGCGCGGCACAACGGCGAGCUGGCGCAGGCCGUGGUCGACGCUGGCGCCGUGCCGCAGCUUGUGCAGUGCGUGCAGGAGCCGGAGCUGACGCUCAAGCGGAUUUCAGCGUCUGCGCUUGCCGACAUAUGCAAGCACUCACCCGAGCUGGCGCAGUCUGUGGUCGACGUUGGGGCGAUUGCGUACCUCGCGCCCCUCAUCCACAAUCCGGACGCGCGGCUCAAGCGACAGGUGUGCUCGGCGCUGGCGCAGAUUGCCAAGCACUCGGUUGACCUUGCGGAGCUGGUGGUGGAGGGCGAGAUCUUCCCCAAGGUGCUCAAAUGCCUGCGCGACGUCGAUGCGCUGGUGCAGAAGAACUCGGCGACGCUCAUCCGCGAGAUCGCCAAGCACACGCCGAUGCUGGCGCAGCUGAUUGUCAACGCCGGCGGAGCGGCGGCGAUGGUUGACUAUGUCAACGAGACAGCAGGCAACGCUCGGCUUCCGGGCGUCAUGACGCUUGGCUACAUCUCGGCGUUCUCGGAGGCCCUGGCCAUGGCGGUCAUUGCCGACAAGGGCGUGCCGCCCAUUGCUGCCGCCCUCGUUGCCGAGACCGAGGACCAUGUCAAGGCUGCGUGCGCGUGGGCGCUCGGCCAGAUCGGGCGCCACACACCAGACCAUGCCAAGGCGCUGGCGGACGCCAAUGUCUUCCCCAAGCUCCUCGAGGUGUACAUGGACCCGGCAUCGUCGGAGGACCUGCGCAACAAGUCGAAGCGCGCGCUCAAGUGCGUCCUGCAAAAGUGCGUUCACCUCCCGGCGCUCGACCCACUCCUCCACGUCGCCCCGCCGAACGUCCUCAAGUACGUGGUCGGCCAGUUUGCCAAGGUCCUCCCGCACGAUGUCCAGUCGCGUCGCGACUUUGUCACCAACGGCGGCUUGCAGAAGAUCCAGGAGGUCGACGCCGAGGCCGGCACCGAGCUCCGCGCCCACAUCGACGUCAUCAACUCGUGCUACCCGGCCGAGGUCGUCCGCUUCUAUGCUCCGGGCUACUCGCAGACUCUGCUCGACCAGAUUGACAACUACCAGGUCCCGUCGAACUAGCCCGUCAUGAGCGCGGUGUGGCGCGCCUCCAAAUGAACAACACAGUCCAGAA